AUGGAGUUGCAAGAAAAACUGGACAGCCUCGGACUGGGGCAGUAUUCGACAAUUCUGUAUGAAAACGGAUUCGAGGAUUGGAACACGGUGCUCGACAUCACAGAGGAUGAUCUGGACUCGCUAGGCUUCAAACGUGGACAUCGUCGGAUCUUGCAAAAGGAGAUCGCCAUUGCGAGAGGUCUGAACGCGUCGCCACCGAUCGAGACCGCGCGACCGACAUCUUCGACACCGAGUAUCGGCGCGCUCGUCACGACGCAGGAGAGCUACGAGAAGCGCACGAAACGCCGCUAUCGAUGGCACCCUCGCGCGGAUCCGAACGCACCGAAGAAGCCGAAGACGGCCUAUGUUAACUUUGCAGACCACCUGCGCUCAGACAAGGCCAUAGCCUCGCUCUCCUUUGUUGACAUUGCCCGCGAAGUUGGUCGCCAAUGGCAGAUGCUGGAUCCCGAAACCAAGCAAGAAUGGGAGAAUCGAGCUGCCCAGGCCAUGCAGGAGUAUGAGGAACAAAUGGACGAGUACCGAAAGACGAAGCAAUACCAAGACUACCAAGUAUACCUCGAGACGUUCAAGAAAGCUCCGGGUAAAUUGGCGAGACAGAAGAUCAAAUCGGAUUCCGCUUCGUCGAUAACAAGUCCUCGCCGUUCGGAAUCGUCGGGUCCUGAUAGAAGUCCAUCAGCAUCGAUUGACUCGCCCACCAUGCUGUCAGCAGAAACCGCUCUUCGGGAUGAGUGUAGAAGUACUCUGACUGCUGCUUUCAUGGAAUUGUCCGUCUUUCGGCGCGAGUACGUCAAGGAACAACCAUUUUCUGGAAAUGACUUACCUUCAGAAACACUCGUUGCGGACGUAGAGGCGCUGCUCCAUCGAAUGUACCGCAUUCCGGGGGCUGCAGACGCCCUAUCAUUAAUAGAACUGUGUAUGCUUGCAGCUCUAGGCAUUCAUUUCGCUCGUGGAUCAAUAUCCAGGGAUCAGCAGCACAGGUUGUUCGCAACCGUGUGCGUACUGAUGGAAGGGCUAAGUAUCAGCGAAGCGAGCUAUGCAAGAUUAAUGCGGGUAUUACUUUGCUUGACUAUAUACGCAAUAACUGAGAAGCAUCUGAGUGCCAGAACCUUCAUCACGGCUGGCUUAGCUCUUGCAAGAUUAAAACAUUUUCACAUGGAUCAAGAUUGUUCACGCGAUGACUGGAGAAAGAUUUAUCGGACACUUGUGUUCACAGAAUGCUGGCUAUCUCAGACACUUGGCUACAAUCCUCGCAACCUUGACAUCCACAUUCGGAACGCCGUUGAGCCUAACAUUCCCGAUAGCUCGAUCGAGAACGCCAUCCAAUGGCAGGCAGUAAGAAUCGCGAUCAUCGGCAAUGAAAUCUCAACGAUCAUACGGCAGCAAAACGAUGUUCCACAGGAAGCCAUACGGUAUCUGUCCGGCCAACUGGAGCUUUGGCAGAGAGAACUACCUCACAUUAUGCAGCUUGCCAGUAUUCUGUCUUCCAACAGCGGAAGCAUUGGGCGUCUCAACGAGCAAGCUAUGCUCGUCGUGCACAUUAUCUAUUUAGGCGCCAUGAUGCUGCUUUACGGGCAAUCUUUAUCAUCGGCACACGAACCAGAUGGAAAGACGGAUAACCCAGAGAUGGUUAACCACCGCGCGAUAUGUUUGGUUGCAGGAGAACAGAUCUCCGGUCUGAUAAAAACAAUAAGUUCGUCUCAGUCUUGGUCCCCAUGGAGUUUCUUCCACAUAUACUGGGUAUUCAACGCUUGCAAUGUCCUCCUGCUGGGGGCUGCCCAAGCCUUGAGGAACCGAUCAACGAAUGACUAUGACAGGCUGAUCUCACACGCCCGCACCUGUCUUAGUUCGUUAGAGUCGUGUGCGCAGGACGAGCCCGUUGCAUCACGCUAUCUAAGCAUGAUGGCACCGAUCUACGAAGCAUUGAAACGACUGAGGGAAUCACCACACGUCGAACUGAAGAGGAGAAAAUCUGAGCACAAAAUUAGCAUUAAUGAUCUACUUGCAUCCGAUGAUGGUGCUCGCUCGCCAACCUCCUUGGGAAGAUGGAAUACAAUUGACGACGAGUUGCCAGGUAUCAUUCAACAAGUCACAGUUUUGCUGAGGGAUCCUUUUGGCAGAGCACAGCAAAAUUCGGUAGCCGAUGAACAAUACCCGACUCCUCCAAGCAAUGCGGACAUGCUCUUUUGGUUCCGCGUCUAG